CCACCCUUUCCUCCUCUCUGCUCCUCCUCUUCUUCUCUCUUCCAUCUCUCUCUUAUUCCAUUACAUUCUUGAGGCCCUCCUCAUCCUUGUUUCUUUCGUCUUCUUCCAUUAAUCCAAAGGAAUUCAGGCUUCACUUCUCUGCCAUCGGAGAGGAAAUAUGAGCAGCAACAGUAACUUGGAGACGAUGACGCUGCUGGACGAGAUCCGGAGCCUGGAGAAGGGAUGGCUCUUCGACUUGGGCCACCCCCUCCUCAACCGCAUCGCCGAGAGCUUCGUCAAGGCCGCAGGGAUCGGCGCGAUCCAGGCGGUCUCGCGCGAGGCGUACCUCACCGCGGUGGAAGGUGCCGGCGCGGAUCCUGCUGCGAUGCCGGAUCUGACGAGCAGCAAGAAGCAUAGGUUUUCCGAUCUGGGAGGAGAGAACUGCAAGAAGUCACUUGAAGCAAUGGUAAAGAGCACCGGGAAAGAGUCAUUCCAAUGGGGAAUGGCUGCUGGCAUGUAUUCCGGUCUAACUUAUGGCUUGAGGGAAGCUCGAGGAUCUCAUGAUUGGAAGAAUAGUGCAGUUGCCGGAGCAGUCACUGGAGCUGCAUUGGCUCUGACCUCUGAGAACACUUCUCAUGAGCAAAUUGUUCAGUUUGCAGUCACCGGGGCUGCACUUUCCACCGCUGCAAAUCUACUUAGUGGCAUAUUCUAAAGCUGGCAAUGAAGUUAUCUGGAUUUAGUCCCGAUGUUGCAGGGUCCGGAAUUCGCUCCAAUCAAGGCUUGAUGAUGUUUUGUGGGGGAACAUGGUGGUGGAGUUUUUUCUUUCUUCUUUUUGUUUGAGUAGGAGCAUGGUGUACUUCUCUUUUUUUCCACUUGCAGUGUUCAUAAAUCAGGUGACUGGAAUUUGUUUAAUUCUUGUUCUCUUCGGUUGUAAUGGGAGCUCGGAUCGAUUUAACUCUUCCACCACCCAAAA